AUGGAUGCACUGGACUGUCCGCUGCUGUCGGUGAAUGUGCGCGUUUGGCGCUUUUGGUCAUUUGUGCUGGUGCACAACUGGAGACGCUACAUCAGCAUCAUCCCGGUGACGCUGCUGAACGUGUUCAUGUUUGCCGAUCUGUACCGGGCCUGGGGCAACAUCGAGGAGGUCAUUAUUAAUGCCUAUUUUGCGGUACUCUACUUCAAUGCUGUGCUACGAACACUCAUACUUGUUUACAAUCGGAAGAAGUAUGAGCACUUCCUAAGUGAGGCAGCAAAGAUUUACGAAGAAAUAAAGGACCACAAAGACGAAACCAUCUGUAAGAUAAUGAACAUGUACACCAAGCGAGCCCGUGGCCUCUCCAUUGCUAACCUAAUGCUUGGAGCAGUGAUUAGCAGCUGCUUUGUAGUGUAUCCGCUCUUUACCGGACAGAGAAGGCUUCCGUAUGGCAUGUUCAUACCGGGUAUAAGCAUCUUCGACACGCCACUGUAUGAAAUAUCUUACAUCGCACAGGCCGUUCUUACCUUUCCCGGGUGCUGUAUGCAUGUCCCGUAUACUAGCUUCUUCGCCUCCGGUACACUGCUAGGAAUGAUCCAGAUCAAAACGCUUCAGUAUCGGCUAAAGAAUUUUAAAUCACUUAUUUCGGAAAGCGAUGAAAAAGAUAUUAAAAGAAGGCUCCAUAAGCUGAUCGAAGAUCACUUGCGCAUAAUUCGAUUCGUAAAAGACAUCAACGAUCUGGUGACUUACAUCUGUCUGAUCGAGUUCCUAUCGUUCGGAUUAAUUCUGUGUGCAUUGCUGUUUCUGCUCAACGUCAUUAACAAUAUGGCGCAGGUAGUGAUUGUGGUAGCGUAUAUCUUCACAAUGCUCGCCCAAAUAUUUGCCUUCUACUGGCACUCGAAUGAGAUACGGGAGGAAAGCAUGAAAAUUGCCGAAGCAGCAUACAGUGGCCCAUGGGUGGAUGUGGAAAACUCCAUAAAAAAGAAGCUGCUGCUUAUCAUAAUACGCGCGCAAAGACCACUUGAGAUAACCGUCGGUAACCUGUAUCCGAUGACGUUGGAAAUGUUUCAGUCGCUUCUGAACGCAUCCUAUUCGUAUUUUACUAUCCUUAGAAGACUGUACAGCUAA